AUGCCCCGGAAACCACACACCAAAUCCCGGUAUGGAUGUGACCACUGUCGACGCCGACGCGUCAAAUGCGACGAGCAAGGACCCCCAUGCACAAAUUGUAUUACGCGACAGCUAGAUGGCUGCACAUAUUCCCGAAUUCUACCAGCAUACCUACUCAACACUCAUCGAGCAAGUCCUAUCAGUCCAGGCCCGCUAGUUAAACAAAAUGGCAAUGUCCCUCCGUGGUCUCCGCUGACAGCGCCGGCCGUGGACGAGCUGGAAUUAAUGCAUCAGUUUGCGACGGAGACCUAUCUGAGUCUUUGUGUUAGCGAAUCGGAGAAAGUGACGUGGCAGAAACUUGUGCCUCGUCUCGCGUUGAAACAUCGGUAUUUGAUGCAUGGCAUUUUGUCACUGGCUUCGUUGCAUCUUGCUACGACGCUGGAAGCGCCGCAGGCGCCUGUUUACGUCGAUACGGGGCUUGAGUAUCAUAGUAGGAGUCUUGAGCCGUUCCGCGUUGCUAUUGACAAUUUGACGCCGGAGAAUUGCGAUGCGGUCUUUGCGGAGUCGGUUGUUACUACGGCGAUUAAUCUUUCGUUGGCGCAGUUUACUGCUGUGCAUGGGAAUGAGAGCAGGAUGACGGAGAAUAUGGUGACGGCGUUUGAGCUGUUGCAGGGUGUCAAGAAGAUCUUGAAGAUUGGGAAGUCGUGGAUCCGACUGGAGUUGUUUUCCAAGGGCGACUUUUGGAAAGAUACCUCUGCUGAACUCGAUGAGGAUACGUUGUCGGCGUUGAAUCGACUGUCUUUCCUGAAUGAGCAGACAAGGCCAGAUAGAGAUGAGAUUCAACAUGGUAUAAAUAGAGAUGUUAUUGAUCAUCUCAGACACUGUUUCAUGAAGUUUUCACGUUCCGAGGAUCCUGCUCCGGUGCUUGCAUGGCUGGGUGCGGUGGAUAACGGUUUUGUACACGGCAUCCGGAGGAAGUCCCCUUUCCCGCUUCUGAUACUCGCGUAUUGGGGUGUUCUUCUUUCCAAGCUUGAUGGAAAGUGCUGGUGGGCUCAAAAUGCGGGGAAGGCUUUGGUUUCUGAGAUCCUUGACUCGCUAGCGUGCAAGGAUCAACUGUGGGAAGGGUGUGUUGGGUGGGUUCGGCAAAAAAUGGCUGUGCAUGGUGCCCAGGCGAAUGAGAUCUAUAGUCUGGAGAAACCAGGCUAUAAUUGA